AUGCUCUCUGCAGCAUUAGUAUCUGCAGAUACAAUAGAUUAUUGGAAGAGUUUCACCUCGAAGACAAAUCCUUUGAAUGUAUCUAUUCCUUCUAUUACACAAACAACCAGUCUUGAUCCCUUCAAGGAAUGUGUUUAUUACAAUCCUGACCCAGCUGUGAUCAACAUUAAUCCUGCUGAAUGGCCCACCGUUUGGGUAAAAGCUACUUCAAACGGUAUGAACGAAACAGAAGAAUUCAGAAACUUGUAUAACUCUAUUGACUGGUCUAAGGCUCCUGAUAUUCCUGUCCGUACAGCUGUUGAUGGUGUCUUGGACAUGAGUGGCUACAAUGCUACAGCUGAUCCUGACUGUUGGUGGUCUGCCUCUGGCUGUGUUACUCCUAAGCUCCCCGAUGUCAACAAAGAUAUUUACUAUUGUCCUGAACCCGAGACUUGGGGUUUGACUUACGAUGAUGGACCCAACUGUUCUCAUAAUGCAUUCUAUGAUUUCCUUCAAGAAAAGGAAUUAAAAGCUACUUUAUUCUACAUUGGUUCUAACGUUAUUGACUGGCCUUAUGGUGCUAUGCGUGGUAUUAAGGAUGGUCAUCAAAUCGCUUGUCACACUUGGUCUCAUCCCUUAAUGACUACCUUUACAAAUGAAGAAGUUCUUGCUGAAUUUUACUAUGCUCAAAAGGCUAUCAAGCUUGCCACUGGUCUUACUCCUCGUUUCUGGCGUCCUCCUUAUGGUGAUAUUGAUAACCGUGUCCGUUGGAUUGCUACUCAAUUAGGUUUGACUGCUGUUGUCUGGAGUGAAGAUACUAAUGACUGGAGUGCUGUUAGCCCUGCUACUAUUCCUCCUGUUGAACAAAACUACGAAGCAUUUAUUGAAAUGGGAAAGAAUGGUACCUUUGCUGAAACUGGUAACAUUGUCUUGUCUCACGAACUUACUAACAUUACUAUGUCCUUGGCUAUGAAAUACUUACCUGAUAUCAUGUCUUCAUACAAGCAUGUUGUUAACGUCGCUACCUGUCACAACAUCAGUUACCCUUACUUUGAAGACUUUGAAUGGACUCCUGUUAUGAACGGUACUUCUAAGAGCACUAUUGAAACCUCCAAGUCUACUACUACUACUACUGAUGCUUCCAAGUCUACUACUACUGAUGCUUCCAAGUCUGACUCUGAUUCUUCCAAGUCCGACUCCAAUUCUUCUACGUCUGACAAUGACAAAUCUGAUACCACUGCCUCUAAACACAACGCUAUUGUAAGCGCUGGUAAUGCUGUUCGCGGCUCUAGUAUGGCUUUACUUGGUGCCCUUGCUGCUGCCAUUUAUCUCAUUUAA